CGCAGAAGCAUCAAACAUGCCCCCAUCCCAACCCCUGGCGCAGCCCACCUCACGCCGCCUUCUCAUCUUCCAGGAGACGCGCAACCCGCAAAACACAGCCGAGACGGUCUACCUGCCCGUCAACAAGCUGGGCUUGCCCAUCUGUGGGGAAGGGCCUGAGUUGCCGUCGAUUUUGGAAUUGCCGUUGCGAAUCCUGAGGGUUUUCACGGAGAUUUUUAAUCAACCGAAGUAUAAAGGAUGGGCUGUUCUUUCUGCGGGGCCUUAUCACGAUACUUCUGAAGAAGGGAAGUUUUAUGCUGUUGUCUUGGAGCAGAUGCAGCAGGUUUCGGUGCAGGGUUUGCAGCCGGAUAAUAUGAUUCAAAGUACGCCUUGAGAUUGCUUUUGGGACUUGGGGUUUGAUAGACUGGGUUUAUUUCUUUCUCUUUAUGUCUUCGUUUGUAUUGUACAUUUUAUCAUUCGUG